AUGACAUCGGAAGAGGGCGAAGCUGCAGGAUCGGAUGCUGCGUUCGAUCGUAUCAUGGAAUCUAUCGGCAACGAUGGUCCAUUUCAGCGACGGUACAACCUAAUCUUCAACGUGAUCGCAGUACUAUUUUUUGCGAUGUGUGUGGUGAACGUGUUGCUUGUGUUGGCCGUACCGGAUCAUAGGUGUAGCAUUCCGGCAAUGGUCAACGGUACGCGCGACGAACGUUGGAAGGAAACCGUUUAUCCCAUGGAGUUCAACAGUCGCGGCGAAUAUGUGCCUAGUUCCUGUCUGAUGUACAAUUUAUCCUACGACGAUGACAUGGUUUAUACAGCUCCAUCAAACGACACACCUAAAGUGUCCUGCCUUUAUGGCUAUGACUACGAUCGUACCUAUUACGAUCGAACACCAGUUACGGAACAAGACUGGGUUUGCGAGCGGGAACUCUACGGUACGAACGUGUUUGCGAUCGUCCGCGUUUCGGAAGUGUGUGGAACAUUUAUUCUUGGUCAGCUAGGUGAUCGGAUCGGACGACUACCGGUGUACCUGUUCAGCAUCGUGACGGCAGUCGUAGGACGUGUGUUUGCGAUAUUCUCCGCCCGCCAUUACUGGCUGUUUGCGGUACUCGCCUUUAUCGGUAGCUUCUCCACCAACACCUCCUUCCAGUCGCCACUGAUUAUCGCGAUGGAAAUCUCGAAGGAUGCAAACCGAGCCGCACUCUCCCUCUGGCAGUUGGUUGGCUGGACGGCAGGCGUUUGUCUGGCACCGUUGAUCCUUUGGUGGAUGGGUGAUUGGACCUGGUUCAUGAUCGUCACCGCACUACCCUGUCUGAUCUUUUACUGCUUUCCCCGGUACGCCAUCGAGUCACCCCGAUGGCUAGCAAGUCAGGGCCGGUACGCUGCGUGUUUGGGACAGCUUCGAAAAAUCGCUACCAUCAAUGGGCACCCGUUCGAGAUGACGGAGGAACAGCUUAAGCUGCUCGUACCGCGCCCAGAGCGUGAAAAAACGUACGGCAUUGCGUCCCUGUUCAGUGGGUGGCAUAUGACCAAACUGACCUGUUUGCUACUGCUGAGCUGGAUCUGUAACACCAUACCAACGUUCACGCUGUUCCUCCUCAGCCUACAGAUGGGUGGCAAUCCGUUCCUGAACAACUUCUGGCAGGGGGCAGUCGAACUGCCGGCUUACCUACUCGGCCAACUGUGCUGCGAUCGGCUCGGACGACGGUUUACCAACAGUGGCGCCUUUCUCGCAGCGACCAUCGCCUGUCUACCGGUCGUACUACUAAUCCACCGUCCCGGUACCGAGCUGUAUGUGACGAUGCUUGCCAUUGUGGUAAAGUUUUUCGUAUGCAUCACCUACUUCGCAUUGUACCUUCAGUCGGUCGAGCUGUAUCCGACGUCCCUGCGGCAAACGGGCACCUCGUUCGGUAUCAUCGUGUCGAACGUGUUCGGUGCCGUUGGACCGUACAUCGUCUAUCUCGGUACUAGCCGCGACCUACGGUUACCGUUCGUAGCGAUGGGAUUGAUUAUGCUGGUCGGUGCGCUCAGUGCCAUCUUCCUGCCCGAAACGCUUCACCAAAAGCUGCCGGAAACGAUGGACGAGGGUCGUCAGUUUGGACGUGAUCAACGGUUCUGGUCAUUCCCGAAACGUCCGCCAACGGACACCAGCAACCGUACAACCAUCGACACGGAACUACAGGAGCUACAAAAACUGCACAAACCCGACUCGUAA